AUGGCCGAAGAAGCCAUAGAAAAAGCAAGUGGAGAUACUGUGUCAAUAGCAAAAUCUGAUGUUGUGCCUGAGCCUGAGCCUCCUAAGAUACCUGACGUGGAACUAAUAGUCGACGGCUUUGGCUUCAUGCCAAAAGAGAAUACCUCGUCGUCUAAAAUGAAAGUGUCUUCUAGAAGGCUAUCUAAAAAUGUCAAAGAUGUAAAAUCUCCUGAAUCGGAACAUAGCCCCUGCGCAUCAAGUACAAACAUCGAUAUAGUUAGAAGGUACACUUGGAAGACUAAGAAUAGAAUGACUGUCCAGGUCAUAACUUAUGGCGCUACGAUUACGUCUAUACAAGUUCCUGACAAAAAAGGUGUACCAGAUGAGGUUAUUGCCGGAUUUGAUUCUUUAGAAGAGUACUUCCAACCAAGAAAUCCAUACUUUGGUGCGACAAUUGGUCGAUACGCGAAUUUUAUUCGUGAUGGCAGUAUGGUAGUGAGACCGUCCGGUAGGAUGUAUAUGCUUAGCACAAAUAAAGGUCAUCACCACUAUAAUGGGGGACAUGUUGGAUUUGAUAAGGUAAACUGGCGUUCCUAUGUCACUGGUAACAAAGUGAUCAUGAGCCACGUGUCGGAACGAUUCCACGAAGGCUAUCCCGGUACCGUAAUGGCGCAGGUGUCGUUUGAGGUCACAUGCGAUAACACGCUUAAAAUUGAAAUGAAAUGUUCUACUACUGAACCUACAAUUGUUAAUUUGAGUAACGCUCCAUAUUUCAAUCUGGCUGGCCAUCACUGCGGUCCGGAACUAAUGUACGAUCACAUAAUCACCAUAAAUGCUGAUAAGUACACUGCGGUAGAUGACGACGGAUUGGUCACCGGAGAGAAAAACAUUGUUGGUGGAACGGCAUACGAUUUCAGAGUACCAAGAGUUAUAAGGAGCAUGUUACCGAAAAUACCAAUGGGAGGAUACGAUAUUAAUUAUUGCGUCACUCAGGGAACGGAACAAGACUUAACUUUCCAUGCUAGAGCACUCCACCCGAUGACAGGAAGAGUUUUAGAGGUGUACAGCAACCAGCCCGGUAUGCAGUUCUACACGGGCAAUUUACUGCCUGACCCCGAUAAAAUUGUUGAGGAAUCUUUUGGUGAAGAAGAAGAAACGAAGGCAAGAGAGGAGUCUGAAAGUGGGAGCGAUAGUGACACGAGCAGCGUAUCAAGUGUGAGAGAGGAGAGAGCAGGGGAAGAAAUGUUCGAAGAGGCGAAUGGAGAAGAAAGCAAGAAAAGCUAUGGUUAUGUACCAUUGAUGGGGAAAAAUGGAGCGUGCUAUAGAAAACAUGGGCUGUUUUGCCUCAUGCCGCAAAAUUAUCCAGAUGCUGUUAACAAUAAAAAUUUUCCUAAUUCUGUGUUAAAUCCUGGAGAAGUAUAUAUACAUAAAAUUCAGUACAAAUUCGGUAUAUUACUUGGCAAAUAUGUUUGAACGACAUUUAAACGGCAAACCCUUAAGGGUUUGCCGUUUAAAUGUCGAUUGUUAAAUAAGAAAAAAAUGUAAAACGUGUCGAAAACUAAAAAUAACUCGUUUAACAUAUUAUAAAUUGAUAAUUUUU